AUGACUGUUAUGAUCCCGACAGAUAAAAUCGGAGCUCGAAUUGGUCCUGGUGGAAAGAACAUCAAGAAACUUCAAGAAGGAUUCAAUGUUACAAUUGAAAUCACUGAAGAAGGGAUGGUUAAGGUUCUUGGAUCUGACACUGAAGUUCUUAAAACUGCAAUCUCUACAAUCAACAUGCAAAUCAAUGGACCAGAAAUUGGAUCAGUGUACGACGCUCGCGUUGACUCGAUUAAAGAAUACGGUGCAUUCGUUGAAAUCGGAAAUGGUGUAUCUGGACUAGUUCACGUAUCAGAAAUGUCUGAUGAACGCGUUCAAAACCCAGCUGACUUCAUUAGCGAAGGUGACACAAUUAAAGUUAAAGUUAUGGAAAUCGACAAAAUGGGAAGAAUCAAAUUGUCGGCCAAAGCUGUUGAGUAA